AUGAAUUUUCUUUUCACUUUAAGCCUUGGAGUGGCCGGAUUCAUUCUACCCAAUUCGAAACAUCCAACCAAAUCUCAAAUCGGUUGGUUUCUUUUCAUUUUGGUUCCCUUCUUUCUCUACAACAUUCUGUGUAUCGUCGAGUUCAUUGUCAAACCGUAUGAGCUGCGACGGACCCUGUUCACCAUUUUUGUGGUCAACAAUAAUUUCCAGACUCUUUUCCGCCCCAUCCAUUUGCUGAUCUACAAGAAACAAGCGGAGAGUUUGCUGGCAGACUUUCAAGUGUUACCUGAGGGCGAAUGCGCUAAGUUUAAUGCAGCAGAGCGGGAGAUGCGAAUUCAAUCAGAGAAAAAGAUCCUCAAAUUCAGCGCCAUUUUAUACUUUUACAACUCGAUCCUUUGCCUUAGAACUGUCUUGCCGGGCAUCAUCAGGAUGGUUAAAGUAAUGUACUGCCAGGACAAACGAGAAUUGAACCUCAGUUUUUGCGCCCGCGACAGCACCCCGCUAUUCAUCGUUGACUAUUAUUGGUUCACGGAUCAAUUCCAGACGCCAACUUAUUAUUACCUUUUUUCUGUCAAUCUUUAUAUGAUUGGUGUCUAUCUCAUCAUUUUCUGCACAUCUGACGCCUUCACAUGCAGCACCAUGGUCGCCCUUGUGGAAAGGUCCAAUUUUUUGGUAAAAAUGGCACCAACUGCUUUAGUUCCCAAAGACGGAUCGAAAACAACCAAAUCUUUUGAAUCUUGGGUCAAGUAUCACCAGCACUAUGAAAAACUUUUGAGGUCAGUCAAUGAGGUCAUGGGUCCUGUUAUCCUCGUCACGCACCUUUUUGCGGCUGGGAAUAUCAUGGUGUAUGUUUAUCUCAUAAUUAGGGACAAGGAGCAAGAAAUUCGUGAGUUGGCGGCUUCCUUUUUGUUUGUGACGGCCAUUCAGUUUUUCAUGUACGCAUAUUGGGGUCAGCAAGUUAUUAACAAUGGUGAAAGGCUGAGCAGAGCGACUCUGACGGCGAAUCAGGUUUCAGAAAACGCCUACCACGAAGGGCCAGUUCGAAAUUCUCUACUGAUCAUCAUGGCAAAGUGCUGUGGAAGCCAAACUACGGAAAUCACAGGAUUAGGCUUCUUCACUGUUUCCUUGCGAUUUUAUGCCAGAAUUUGCAGUUUGUCGAUGAGCUACUUAUUGAUUAUGUUGCAACUUUAAAAGGAAUUAAUAGAAAAAAUUAAACGAUUUCAACCAGAAUUGAGGCUCUAAAUAAAAAAAGCUUUAUAAUUUUUUAAAUUAUAAUGUUUUAACAAUGAUUUUGCUUUGUACAUUAAAAUAUAUAAGUUUCUCUGCAGCUUAUUUGUGUUUUAUUAAUUCACUGCGGUCCUUUUGAUCUUGUAAUUACAGAAAAA